AUACCUUAACCACCACCUAGUAUCAGUACUAAUCACCAUGGCCUUUCCCCCAUCGCCUCCCCAUGCGUAGCUGAUUAGCUACCAUCUGGGGGGCACACAUCACGGCACAGGCUACGCCUCCCUACCUACCAUAUUGCCAUGGACGCCUCGUCGUCGUCUACCGCCGCGGCUCCGCCGCCUACGCACUCCGUGCUCGACACGAUCCAGACCAAGCUAAGUCCUGGCGUGCUCCUCAUCGUGGCCAUCCUGGCCAUGGUGUUCUUCAUCUUCGGCCUACUCAACCUGCUGGUGCAGAACAUCCUCCGGCUGCGCCGCGCGCGGCAGCGGCGCCUGCGCAUCGCCGCCGGCGACGUCGAUGGAAGCAGCCCCACGGCGCUCCAGGGCCAGCUUCAGCAGCUGUUCCACCUCCACGACGCCGGCGUCGACCAGGCCUUCAUCGACGCGCUCCCCGUCUUUGUCUACCGCGCGAUCCUUGGCGCCGGCAAGCGCAAGGACCUUGACCCGUUCGACUGCGCGGUGUGCCUGUGCGAGUUCGGCAUGGAAGACUCGCUCCGGCUGCUGCCGACGUGCGGCCACGCGUUCCACGUCCCCUGCAUCGACGCCUGGCUCCUCUCGCACUCCACCUGCCCGCUCUGCCGCGGCAGCGUCCUCGCCGACAACCCAUCGCCGGCGUCCAGCCCGAUCGUGCUCGUCCUCGAGUCCGACGACAGCCACCCCGACACAACCACGGACCACGACGCGCCAGGUGGGGUCGACAGCGAGCGGUCCCAGAAGGUAGAGGAGGAGGUCGUCGAGGUGAAGCUCGGCAAGCUCCGGUGCCUGAACGAAGGCAAUGCCGAUUCCGGGGAGCUCGCCGUGGAAGCCACUAGCAGAAACGACCUCGGACGGAGGCGAUGCCUAUCGAUGGGAUCCUACGAGUAUGUCAUGGACGACCACGCAGCGCUCCGCGUCGCCGUCAAGACGCCCAAGAAGCAGAGACCGAAAUCGCGGCGCCGGCACUUGUCGGAGUGUGAUUUCAAGAAAGGGGCGUGGGAAACGGCAGUGAAAGAGGCUGCCGCGCCGGUGGACGCCGGAACACGUCGCGUCGACGACGGCGGCGCCGUAGUAACGGCGCGGCUAAGCAAGGACAGCUUCUCCGCGUCCAAGAUCUGGAUGGUCCCACCAGCCAAGAAGCAAGAUGGCCGGACAUUGGCCAGUUCGAGGCGCUCGGUGUCAUUCCGGUGGCCGGCGAUGGCCGAGAUGAGCAGGCAUGAUGGCGUAAACGGGGAGCCUCGGGACGUGGAGUCACAGUCAGGAAACGUCGGCAGCAAUGCCGUUCCGUCUGUUGCGGAGAGGAGGCCGCCGUCCCCGAGGACGACGCCUCUCUGGGUCGCCGGCGGGUGGCAGCCGAGCGGCAGCGGUGGAAGCAAUUAUUGAGCCGCAUUUGAUUUUGCAUUUGUCCUUCUUCUUCUUCAACUUCAGUUUGCACUACGAAGAGAGAAGAUUGGUUUGUUUUUGUUCGUUUUUUUUUUUGUUCAGAAUGAUCAUAGUUACAGGAAUUUCGUUGUUACAUUACAACUACGAGGAAUUGACACACGCGUAGCAAAGUAGAAAGACAUUCUUCUUGAUUGUGACUUGCAUUGUGAGAUGGAUUUCUCAAAAAGUUUUGAGGAAAAUUCAUAUGUAAGCUAUAGUGAUGAUUUGCAUUAGAAGUAGUACUCUACAAUAGAAUUGAAGGAACUUGGAAGCUACUCAUGAGGAAAAGAAGCAUGGUUUGCAUUGUUUUUGUGAA